AUGAGCUCUCUUCAAUUUAUUGGUGGUGAAGCCAAUGCGGAUGACAAAGACUAUUAUUUGGCACAAGUCCUUUCUCGAUCGGCAAGAGCUCUCUUCACUAUUGGUGGUGAAGCCGACGUGGAUGACAAGGCUAUCGAUUGGCACAAGUCGUCUCUUCAAUUUGUUGGUGGUGGCGCCGAUGCGGAUCACAAGUUUAUCAUUUGGAACAAGUCCUUUCUCGAUUGGCAAGAGCUCUCUUUUCUUUUUAUUGGUGGUGAAUCCGAUGCUGGCGACAAGGUUACCAUUUUGGCACAAAUUCUCUCUAUUGGCAAGAGCUUUGUAUACUUUCUUUUGGUGGUGGAGCCAAUGCGGAUGACAAAGACUAUCGCCGAUGGCAUGAGUUCUCCCUUUUGA